AUGUCAAAGACUGCUAAUAAUACUGCCGUCAAUUCAUUCAACUCGAAUCAUUCUUUGUAUGAUCAAUUCAGACCAUCAUUUACUCCAAUUCUAGUAAAUCCAUUUUUAGUAGAAUUAGGCUUAGCUGACCAAAAAGGAGACAAAUUUACUUUCAAAACAGAUAAAAAAAUAGUAGAAAUAGCAUGUGGGACUGGUAAAUUUACCAAAAAUUUAAUUGAUAACGGAUGGAUAUCAAAUUUAACAGUUGUUGAACCAUCAAAAGGAAUGUUGGAAACUUUUCAAAAAAAUUUCCCACAAAUUGAAAAUGUUAUUAAUGCAUCAAGUUAUAAGAUUCCCUUGGAAGAUAAUUCAGUAGAUGCUGUUCUUAUAGCUCAGGGUUUCCAUUGGUUUGCUGAUGAUGAAAGUUUGAAAGAAAUUAAUAGAAUUUUGAAAAAAGGUGCAAAAUUAGGAUUAAUUUGGAAUUUUGAUUAUAGUUCUCCUUCGCAAGAUUCCAACGCUGAAGAUAGUAAGUUUUAUAAUGAUGGUAGUAGAUAUUUCAACAACUUAGACCAAAAGGGUAAUAAUCAAAGAGUAUUUGAAAACUUUUUUGGUAAUCAAAAAUGGAAUGAAGAAGUUACUAAAUAUAUUUGGGGAUUUGAUGUAAAUGUACCUCAAUAUAGACAUGGUAAAUGGAGACAAGUUCUACUCAACAAUAACUACUUCAAAAAAGAUAUUCUGGAUCUGUUUGCAUUAUAUGAUAAAUUAACUAGUAAAGAGGAUGUAUGGAAGUAUUGGGAAACAAGGAGUUACAUAACUGAUUUAUCAAUUGACAAAAAAGAAAAAAUUAAAGAACAUGUAGAGACAAUUAUCGAUACAUAUGCUAAUCCAGAUAGUUAUGAUCCAGAGACCAAAUUAUUGAUAAAACCAAUGGUUCUUCAUGCAGUCGUUGUUACUGUUAAUAAAUGA